AUGACGGGGAUUUGGUUUGCUAUAAAGAAAUCUCUGCAAUGCAAGUCGGAAGCUGGCCAGGUUCACGAGCCGGAGAGGAAAGGCAAAGGAAUCCAUCUUAAUUACACCACUAAGAAGAAGACCUCCCCUUGGUGUUCUAGUUGCUCGCCGUCCGUCACGAUUCUCAAAGACGUCAUCCAUGGAAGCCAUGUCCCUCCCGAUCUGCCGAUGACAUCUAGCUGCAGCCCGAGGUCCGUUGGGAGUAGCGAUUUAGUCCACCCGCUGACCCACGAGGUCCUCGCUUCCGUCUCCGGCAACGAGGUGAAAAUCGCUGCCUGUCAUGGCGGCGGCGGAUUUGGGUCUUAUAGUUGUGGGGGCGGGCCUUUGGUUGAUCACGGAUUGAUGGGUCGUGGGAGAGCUGGCAUUCAAAAUUGUUCUGCUUUGGGAGAAGAGGGGAUGGCUGCCUGUUCUAGGAGGAAGAAGGAUAAGGUUUCUUAUUCCUUUUCUGGAGGGAUUGAGAUAAACGAAGGUCAGGAGAUUGAGGCUAAUGGGAGUUAUGGUGCAUUGGCUUGUUAUUAUUGUGGAGAGGAGUUUAAGAAAUGGCAGGCUCUGGAAGAUCACCAUGUCUGCAAUCAUGCAG